AUGCGCCUGAGGCUGGCGGGCGGGGGUCCCGGGCCACACUGGCCCCUCAGCAGAGUGCAGGAGCACCGGCAGUGUCCUAGCUUGCUUUCCUCCUCCCUCCUUUUCACUCUCAAGUUCCUUUUUACUUCUCCCUUGCGUAACGCCCUUCUCCCUUCUGCACCACUGUCUGCACCUCCUGUCACCCACUCCUGGAGCCACAGCUGUUGGCAGGGUCCCCAGCUCAUGCCAGCCUCAUCUCCUUCCUUUCCGGCCCCCAGAGGGCCGCCGGGAGACAUGGGGGGCCGGGGCCGAGAGCCGGCACUCUCGGUUGCCCUCUGGUUGAGUUGGGGGGCGGCCCUGGGGGCUGUGGCUUGUGCCACGGCUCUGCUGAUCCAGCAAACAGAGCUGCAGAUCCUGAGGAGAGAGGUGGCCCAGCUGCGGAGGACCGGCGGGCCCUCUGAGAGGGGGGAAGGGCAUCCGUGGCUGAGCCUCCAGGAGCAGAUCCUGGAGGGCAGCCAGCACCAAGACUCGGGUUGCUGGGGAAAGGGCCCCGAAAGCCCGGAAGCCCCGGAGAACGGGGAGAGAGCCCGGCGGAGGAGAGCAGUGCUCGCCCAUAAACAGAAGAAGCGGCACUCGGUGCUGCAUCUUGUCCCCGUUAACAUGACCUCCAAGGAGGACUCGGAUGUGACAGAGCUGAUGUGGCAGCCAGCUCUGAAGCGUGGGAGAGGUCUGGAGGCCCACGGAUACGUUGUUCGCGUCUGGGAGGCUGGAGUGUAUCUGCUCUAUAGCCAGGUCCUGUUUCAUGAUGUGACUUUCACCAUGGGUCAGGUGGUGUCUCGGGAGGGCCAGGGAAAGCAGGAGACGCUGUUCCGAUGUAUUCGAAGUAUGCCCUCCAACCCAGACUGGGCCUACAAUAGCUGCUACAGUGCAGGUGUCUUCCAUUUACACCAAGGGGAUGUUCUGAGUGUCACAGUCCCCCGAGCAAGGGCAAAACUCAGCCUCUCUCCACAUGGAACCUUCCUGGGGUUUGUGAAACUGUGAUGGUUAUAAAAGGUGGUCCUGGGCUUGGAAGGCCAGAGUGGUUUGGGUACAUUUGGGAGUCAGCCAAAAGCUGACUAGACAAAGGACAGGGAAUGGGAAGGAACAGAGGUUUCUUCUGGGUUUAACUGGAACCCUCACUCUAAUAACUCAUGACUCGCUGUUCCUCCCUUUUCCCUUCCCACCCAACGCCUAGACUUUGAUUUCAUGAAUAUAAAGGAGGUAGAAUAUCUUGCUUUUGUCUCUGAUCUAGCCUCAAAUUCUUGGGGCUGUGGAGGGUGAGGAGAGAAUGCCAGGCAUUGUCUAGACCGGCUUCGGGUCCCCCUGGAAUGCUUCCAGAGCAGCACCACCACCUAGCGGCAGCUUGAGGGAAUCGCCCUAUUGGCAGAAGUCCACAAAGCCUCCUCACACGCAGGAAAACUCCAGUUCCCUGUGCCACACCUUCCUCCAGGCAUCCUGUCCCUUCACCGCUAUCCUCACUUCCCCGGAUCUGCCGCGCCUUAGCUUCCAUCACUAGAGGACUAUUUAUUAUGGGACUCUGCGGGGGAUGCCCGACGACGACCGGUCCCCAGUUUUGCCCUUCAUGCUCUGCAUUCCCCGGCGUGGCAGGCCACUCCGAACCCCUCCGGGCUGAGACGGGUCGCCGGGGAGCCUUGGAUGAGUCGUUAUGUCUUGAUGCUGGUCUUGCCUCACUCCUGAGCUCUUUGUUCUACUCAAAGUUAAUAAAGGAGAAUAAGUGAUA